CGGAGUCCACAUGAGGAUCGAGAAAUGUUACUUCUGUUCCGGGCCGAUCUACCCGGGCCACGGCAUGAUGUUCGUCCGCAACGACUGCAAGGUGUUCCGAUUCUGCAAAUCCAAGUGUCAUAAAAACUUCAAGAAGAAGCGGAACCCACGCAAGGUCAGGUGGACUAAAGCCUUCCGGAAAGAUGGCAAGGAGCUCACCGUGGACAACUCAUUUGAGUUUGAAAAACGUAGAAAUGAACCUGUGAAAUACCAGCGAGAGCUCUGGAGUAAAACUAUCCAUGCAAUGAAGAGGGUUGAAGAGAUCAAACAGAAACGCCAGGCUAAGUUUAUAAUGAACAGGUUGAAGAAAAACAAAGAGCUACAGAAGGUUCAGGACACCAAAGAAGUCAAGCAGAGCAUCCAUCUUAUGCGGGCUCCUCUUGCAGGCAAAGGAAAGCAGCUGGAAGAAAAAAUGGUCCAGCAGUUGCAGGAGGAUGUGGACAUGGAGGAUGCUUCCUAAUGGUGCCUCCUGCAACCAGCCCUAGACACACUGGAAACCAGUGGAGACUGUCGAUCCCCAAGUUACUGAUUGGUUAUGUAAGGUCCCUCAGACAAAUGUGAUUCACGAGCUUCCCUCUUAUAUUGCAGCCUGUAAAAGCAUCCAUUGUGGGUGUUAGAUCUCAGCUCAAUGUUCUGCGUCACCGUGCUGUGCUCACAUAAACACAAAGGUUUGUGUGUAGAUUAAGGCACGAACUCUGGGCAUACCAUGGUUUGAGUUGUUGCUUAAUGGCACCAGGCAACAUUUCUGUGCUGACUGUCUUGCUAGUGUGAAAUCUGUCACGAUGUAAUAUUUUCCUUGCACUAGGAUAGUC